CUGCCUUUAUCGCUCGUCACUCGCUGAAGAAAGAUAGGACGGUACUCUCGGCAUGAGAAUGUACAAGAAGAACUUAACUGUAGAAGAACUCGCAGUGAAAAAGCAGACUCGUCCCUCUGACGGUGCUGACGACGAUCAACUUUCGCGCACGUUCCUCCAUCGUCAGUCCACGUAAGAACGUCGAUCGUGGAUGCGUCGUGUCGUGUUCCGUUCUCUAUCGUCGCGCACUUUUGUACCAGCGCGUCGUGUAGUGGCGUGUUUUUGUGGUGCAUCGAGGCGAGAACUGCGAUCGCGAUUAUGUCGAGGCUCAUGAAGAACGCGGAACGUUUACCGCGAGCAUUCGUCAAGUAACGCGAGUCGCUUCGCGACAACUCGACGAAGACGGCGGGAGAGGUGCGAGUGAAGGACAGUCGAGGGACGGAUUCUAACAACAGAGCCGUCGGUGCUCUUCCAAUAAAUUCUGCUCUCAGAGGAGGAAAACAAGGAGGGUAUCCAACAAGAACAAGUACCACGCAAGUUCAAUAUAAUCGAAGUGGCAGCCGCACAAACUUUCAACAUGAAAGAGUCGAAAAGAGAUUGGCUUUUUAGAGUCCAGAUGUCUCAUCUGGAGAAAAAUGAAGUCGUUUAUGUGGUUGGGAACUUGCCUGAGCUGGGAGCCUGGAAUCAUAACCAGGCCAUCCUGAUGUCUCAGGAGCACAGCAGUCGGAGAGAGUCUCCUAUAGUGUUCGAUAACAGUAAUAGUAGUGGUGAAUUUUAUACCGAAGACGGGCAGGACAAUGCAGCUGACAGUGCAUUUGAUGAUGAGAAAGAAGAGGAUGGACGAGUAUUCUCGCAAAAAGUUGCUCUUCCCAUCGAUGCUGAUAUAGAAUUCCGGUACUUUAUAGCUGUCAUCUGCCAAUCAAACGGUGCUAAAAAUUCGGCCAAGACUCUGAUUAUUCGCAAAUGGGAAACUCACAUGGCACCACGGUUGAUCAGAAAAAAUACACCAAGCAAUUUUACCGAAGAUAUAUUGCCAGAUCCCGACAAAUUUGGCUAUUACAAUGGUUAUUAUAAGAUCGAACGAGGCUGGUUGACAGAUGAAACUGUGAUACAAUUUAAACUUUUUAACAAUCCUAUUAAACUCUGGAAGAACCGGCUACAGAACAGAAAAGUUCACAUUAAGAUGACACCUGUAAAUCUAGUUAGGCAUAAUUCUCUAGAACUGCAACAGUUUGGAGGCGACUGUGUAGACGAUAGUCUUUCUAUGGAUACGCAAGAUAUUGUUGAUCAACCCGCCUUUACCAGUAUUACGGAGAUUGCUGUGAUGAAUGAUGAAGAGGCUAGGUUCAAGUUCCAGGAGCAAUUCGGUCGUCCAUACGAUGAAGACGAAUUUGUAAUCUUCAAUGUUGCCGUUCGGUAUCCCGAAAUGAUCGCGUACUUAGUGGACUACUACGUGUACAGCUCAAGAUGUUACCCAGGAGAACCACCAAAUCACAUUGGUUUUAGCUACAUCUUGCCAAGUACUUUACAGUCUAGCGUCGGGCUUCUGACCGUACCAAUCACUAGUACAAAACAUAGACCUAUUGGCCAAUUGACGGUAGAAUACGUUGUGAUAAAACCAAUUCCGGAUUAUCCGUGGGACAUGAGCAUUUCAUACGCGAAACACUGGGAGCAGCGGUGGUCAGGCUUAGACGUAGGACAUCGAGGACUUGGCACAUCCUUCAAAUUUGAAACGAAAAACUGUGCUAAUGUGCGGGAGAAUACGAUCGCGUCUUUGAAGACCGCAGCAUAUCAUGGCGCGGACAUGGUCGAGUUCGACGUUCAACUUUCGAAAGACCAUAUACCUGUGAUCUACCAUGACUUCUAUGUAUCUAUCUCGCUGAAACGUAAGAAGCAGAUAGAGGCUAUGGACAUGCUGGAGAUACCCGUUAAGGAUCUCACUUUAGAGCAGCUACAUCUACUCAAGGAUUAUUGUUACCCGGGAGACUCGUUGGGUAAGGUGCUCUAUUUCGUUGAUAAAGCUGAGCAGGGGGUUAACAGACUGGUUUAUCACGUGGCCGAAGGUAGGGAGAAGAAUCCGAGAUUUUUCGACGAGGAUCUAGAGGACCACCAGCCUUUCCCCACGCUGCAAACUGUUCUCCAGGAACUGGAACAACACGUCGGAUGCAACAUUGAAAUUAAAUGGACUAUGCAGUUGAAGGAUGGCACGUUCGAGCUCAAUCAUCCAUUCGAUCUCAACUUGUACCUAGACAUCAUCCUAAAAGUGGUAUUAGAAUACGGCGGUGACCGGAAAAUCGUUUUUUCCUGCUUCAAUCCGGAUAUCUGCGCGAUGAUCCGCCUCAAGCAGAACAAAUAUCCGGUAGUAUUCCUAACGCAAGGAGUCACGUUGAAGUAUCCCACUUACCACGACUCGCGGUGCCAGACGAUCCCGAUGGCCAUGAGACACGCGUUGGCCGCGGACAUCCUGGGAAUUAACGUCCACACCGAAGAUAUUCUCCGAGAUCCGUCUCAAGUUAAGUUAGUUAAGGACGCGGGACUGAUCAUCUUUUGCUGGGGCGACGACAACAACGACAAGGCCACUAUCCAACAUCUGAAGAAACUCGGCUUGCACGCGGUUAUAUACGAUAAAAUCGACGAGUAUAACGCGAAAGAAGUGAAGGAGAGUAUAUUCCUCGUGAACGCCAGAGAAAAUCAGAAGGAGUUGAUAGCUUUAGCACAGUGCAAUCAAACAACACAGCCGCCCAUGCCGCUCAACACGGAGAAGGACUUUUAUCUGGAUCGACCGUCGACGACCACGUCGCUUGGUAAGAACAGUAGUAUUGGAGGUGACAGUAUAUAUUCCGUGCCAGCUUUAAAAUUGUCGACCAGUUGCGAACGGCAAGAGAGCAUAGAGAUCAGCGAGAUGACAAAGGACUUUAGUGUAUGCGCGAACACAUUCGGUCAUUCGAUGAAGACGAAGAGCAUUCCCGGCCUAGUGUGCGGACAGCCAACUGUGCUACCCGAAAUUUACGGAGAGGACGAAGCUGCUAAAGAUUGCCUUUGAUGCUUUUCCUUCAAGAAACCCUGCUUCUCGUGGUUCUGAUGGAGGUGUAAAACUAAGAGGGACUCUGCGUGAUGCGAGGAUGAGGAGGUCUUUUUGUAAUUUAUCAUUCGCGCUACAUUUCUAGUUGAUAGGCCGAAGUAUUACCGAGGAUUCGUCUGUAUUUCUGAGAAUUCUGUAUAAUGCGCGUCAUACAGACUGCGUGUGGGUAAUUUAAGAGCGAAACGAUCAACGCUAUUUUGCGAUUUGGGGUUUGAUGAAAGGCUUGCUAAGAUCCUCGUGUUCCGUAUCCAAGUAUGGCCACGCGACAUUCGCAGUCUGUGUUCCGUGAUUGCGUCUUUCGCUUCAGGCGAGCAUUCCGAGAUAAACAUUUGACGACAAAUGUUAGACUAAAUGAAAAUAUCAAUAUACGGAUCUCAGUGAAUGCUACCCUUGCAAGUUGCAACAUGAAGUUGAUCGUUGGCGUUUCCAAGGCGUACCGAUGUAGUACGCGACGAUGCGGUGCGCGAAGAAAAUAUGCCCGAAUUUUAUUCUUCUUAUGCGUACCAUUCCUCCAAUCGGUCCAUUUUUCUGCGUGUAUUGUACAGCGUGUGUUGGAAAGAGCAUGUGUAGCCGGGAUGCUGUCUAAAAAAACAUUGAGUCAAUUUUUCCUAACGGAAAUGGUUUGGAGGCCUUGAAUGUGCUAAUCAACUAAUCAAGGUGAUUGCAUAUUUGUGCUUUUAAGCUGUACUUGUCUAAGUAUUACAGUUUUUAAUCUAAAUAUUAAAAAAACUGAAAAAUUGCUGAAUCUAAACAAUGACAAUGAAAUAUUUAGGCUUCGGAAAAUUUAGACUAUAUGAAUGGAUAAAAGUUCAAGUCUCCAAAAGUCCCGAGAUUUUGAUUUGAGCGUUCAUUCGCCAGUAAGAUCACACGAUGAUUCAGCAAUUCGAAGAUUUAGUUAUUCGCCGACUUAGCGAUUUAAAGAUUCAAGCUAUCUAGAAAACAAAAAAGAUAUAAAAUUCUACCUUCUCCGAGAAUGCGGUUCUAGCGACAUUCGUUAGUUAGUCGAUCGAACGAUCAGAUCUUAUUUGUUCUUUAAGGCAAAAAUCGAAGGUAGAUAAUUCGAUGAGCAAGCUACCGGCAUAUGGCUGUUUCUACUCACUCUAUAUACUAUGUAGUACUUUUUAACGAGGACCUUCUCAGUACUAAUGAAUCCGAUGCAGGCUAGGUAGAGGACGAUUCUCUAACUCCCGCGAUUCUUCUUGCGACAGGGACUGACGCGGGAGUUGUAUUUUUAGUACAAAAGUGUCUUCAGGUAUAUCUUUAUUUAGAUCAGGAAGAAAGAAUUCGCACUCCUCAUAUCUCUUCCGCUGUCGAUUCGAAUACUAUAUUAUACGAACGAACAAAAGAUAAGAAAAAAAAAAAAUGAAAACUUUAAGGGUUUACAUGAAGAAAAUAAGUAGAAGAAAAUAAUGAUAAAGAAGAAAAAGAAGAAAUGCAGAUCGCUUGUCUCUCGGAAAGCAAACGAUGCCAUUAGUUGAUACAUUUUUACACGAGCUGUCGAAUGAAAAAUCGCGCGAAGGCGAGAGCGGGCGUUCGCUUUGCGCCUCGAAUUGCCUUUUGACAGCUGUACCUCAAGUUUUAAUAAGAUCGUAAGGUAAACUAUUUUUCGUAGUCACAUAGAAGAAACUUCAUAUUCAUUUAUUUAUGUCAUUCACGGGACAUUACCCAACGCGAGCUAUUCGACGAACGAGAGAACGAUCGAAGAAAAUAAAGAAAAAUCGUUGAAAAAAAAAAAGAAUGGAAUAUGAGGAUCAUCGUGUAUUGUUUUUUUUUCUUUUUUUUCAUAUUUCUCAUUUUGUCUCGUCACACCUACAUACACCGAGGCCGACACAUCGGUGUGCGCAGUUUUGCUCAUUCUAAGUAGUCUUGCGAUAUCGCUGCGAAUAAUUUGCAGUCUCUCUCUCCGCGGUGUAGAGUCGACGACUCGACGGACACUCGAUGUCUCCACGGGGCUGGCCGUUCGUUCGUCCGUGAAAGACUUCGCGGAGAUCUCGAUUUCACAACGAGCGAGACUCCGGAACGUACGACCAGCUACGUGAUUUCACGCGCAUUUCGAACAUCGCAAAGCAUCGUUCUAGGACAAGAGAUUUUCCAAAUACAGAUCAUGUUCCUCCGAAAGAAACAACGUCAAACCCUUCAACCGAUAGCUUCAUCCAUUCGUAGCUCUGGUGAGACGCGAACAAACCGAGCUCGUCGCAUCGUCCGCUUCGACUUUUUGAUAUGUCACGAUAUGAUUGAUAUGUAACUCGCGUCUGGUCGCAUUAAGAGAAAGGAGAAAGACAGGCAGAAUAAAUGAAUUCUGUCGCGGAUAGACAGAGAGCCAACGCUUUGCAUUCGGAACGUACUUUCGUCACGGUAUCGAGUUAAAAGUCUAACGGUCAGAUUGCCGUGGAACAUUUGUAUGUGAAAUGAUUGAAGAUUUGUUGCUCAAGAUCCAUACUACAGGUUGACCGUUUGAUGAAACAUCAGGGAAACUGUUCUGCGAGGCUGUUUCUGGGUUAUUGGAUAAUAGAAUUGGAUCGUCACUAACUAUGAUUAAUGACUGGAAGAAAUCGAGUCACUUGAGGGGCCUAAGUAACUCGAUGAGACGGGUUGAUGAAGAUGAGAAUUUUGCCCAAUGUCUUUGAAUUGCGAGAAAGACAGAAAGAGAGAUGAGAACGUAUCACUUGUUUCUUUAGCAUUAUUACGUAACAAUGAUAAUAUUAUAAUACAUUAGCAUUGUAGUGCGACGGUACGGUUAUGAUAAUUUAACGAUAAAGUCUACUGUUAAUCUUACACGCUAUAAUAUAAUAAUACUGUAAUAUUAUACAAUAUUAUUAUAGUGUACAGUGAUAGUACUUGAUAGGAGUUGAUGCUUCGCAGCGCAAAGGGUUGAUCUACCGGCUGAAGGGUUGAAAAAAAAAUGGAGAAAAUACACACGCAUUAUACUUAAAACAUGCAUACGAGCGGCACGCGCGAGUAUCUUUUUGAAAUUGUUCACAGAUAAGGUAAUAAUGCGUACCGCAUUCGUGGUUGAAAAAUACAAGCUACAUGGCCACAGAGCGAUUGUAUCAAUCGUCGAGACUCUGGAAAUGUACGGUAUAUUUGUCGAUGGAUAAUAACAAAUACAUGAUCUAUCUAGGUUACUACUGUGAGAGGUAACACCGCUGCACUGUGCGGGAAUGGUUAUUUAUUGUUCUCGCUCUUUUCUUUACUUUUUUUGUUCUCUUCUUUGUAGUCACGGGAACGAGACAGUGUAUAACAAUAGUAUAUAAUAUUAACACUAAUUAAAAUAGACACUCGAAAUACAGGAAAUGGUUAAACUUAGGACAGACUUAAGGCUUAAACAUUAUGGGUUUGUUCGCGCGGUGUGAGUUUCGAGACAAUGACGAAUUUGCGAUUUUACAUAGUGACGAUUUGUAGUUGAUGUGACGGGAGAAUUAAUGUUUCGGCUUUAGAAGAUUACAAAGAUAACGGACAUCAGGAUAUGCGCCACGAUUCGGUGUACUUUUACGAAAGAUCAUUCGUUCUCGAGUUAGUUUCUAGUUUUUGUUGAAUAUUUUAUUAAACGAUAAAUAUAAAUUUUAAGGAGUAGGAGAGGAUAGAUUAAUAUAUAUCUUAUAAAGCCGACACACAUUGAAAAGUCGAAUAUGCUUUAUUCUGAUCAUAAAUUAAGAAAAGAAAAACGCUGAUCCUUUUAUACUAAUUAUAUUGACGAUACAUUAUUUAAGAUCUGAGCAACUCCCUGCAUCAAUUAGCAAACUUCAAAAGUUUUGCAAAGUCGGCUUACCGCGACUAAAAAGAGCGCUUCGGUCUUCAAACUGUUUCAAACGAUGAACUCCUGGAGCGUAAUUAAGAUUUCUAAUAACGUGUUGUCUAUUUCCCCACUCCUGCGUUUACGUUGUACGAACACAACGACCGAGAAGGAUUGAAGUAAUUUAUUCUUGCCGAGAUAAUAAACAUUUGUAUUGUCAAAGUA